UCCGAUUAUUCCCGAUUAUAAAACAUCGUAUGUCGGCCAUUUCCGCUCACUGCUACUCCUGCUGGAAACAUCUGUCAUCCUCACGGAGUCCGCUGGUUGGCUGAUACGUCAGUUGGUGUUUGGCAUCUGCUUGUGCUGCUCUUGGGGACGUCAGGGCGACAUCAUCGAUCUAUAACAUGUCUUUCUCCGAGAAAAUCGCGCAGAUCAUGGCCCGGCCGGGGCAGGAUCCGAACGCCAAAGACGAUGUGCCAUGGUGGAUGCGCUACGCAGGCCGGGGUCUCGGCACAGCCGGCAGCUUCCUUGCAAUUUUCCUGGGUUUCUGGAACUGUCUGGGCAUCAUCACCAUCGACAUGGGCUGCGUCAUCAGCGGCAUGUGGCAGAUCCUCGCCGGCUUCAUCGUCGUGUGCUGCGAGGCGCCGUGCUGCUGCAUGUUCAUUGAUCACGUCCAGCGGUUGAGUGAAAAGGUUGAGGCCAGACCAUAUUGGAACAAAGCAGCUGCAUAUGUUGGCUUGGCUAUACCGGCGAUUAUCCUCUGCCCGGGCCUGGCGAGCAUUUUCGGCAGUGGAAUGAUCUUUGGCACUGGAGUUAUAUACGGCAUGAUGUCCCUAGGCAAAAAGGCGUCUGCGGAGGAAAUGCGUUCGGCGGCGAUGGCCAGCGAUCAAGCGGGUGUCACCCGCCCGCCCAACUCGUCGAUGCACUCCAACCUGGUGGCAAAUGCGCAGCCGAUGGGUUUCACUGGCGCGCCCGUCUUCGAUAGCAACGUGUGAAUCAACUCCACUCCGAAAAUUCGCGGUUUUCCCAUCGAAAAGUACUUCCAAUUCACACAGCAGACACGAACACAAAACACGUACAUACCCUUUCGGUGGUGAAACCGACGAGGCGGGAGUUUUAAAAAGCGUAUAAAAAACAAAAACAUUAGCAACUAAACACGAGUCAAGUGUGCGAGGGAAAGGUGCGCGAGCGAAACUCAAAUAAUCUACAUAAGAGUAACUAAUUAUGAAUUAAUUCAUUCAACUGGAAGACACAAAUGUUUAGCUUCCCAAAUAGCUAUAUGUCUAGAUUAAUAUUUCUUCCGUUGAUUUUUAAACCAUGUUGUCCAUGUAUAUUGAUUAAUUGAUGAUUGUAACUUAUUAUCAUUUCUCUUGUGAUUUUAAGACGUUUUAAGACUGUUUUAUUAUCGUAUACAUAUUGUAUUAUACUAAGUCGUGGUGUUGAGGUCUCCGCAGGCAGCCGAGUUAGGUGUUAAGAGCAGGAAACAAAUAGGAACAAUCCUCGCGAUUCGAGGAUAGCAUAUAUUAAUUAAUCAUUUUUUUCCGGUGAAACCAAAUCCGAUUGGAAAGCAGCGCAGCGCGAUCGAUGAAAUAAAAGCUAAUCGAGUUAGGGGCAGUCACGCAAAUGUCACAAGAAUCAACUUGUUGGGAACCAAUUGCUUGGAACACUGCCAUCAGAUACUGAUUGGACGAUAAUUACAUUUCAGCUCAUUGAGAGAUUAUAUAGUAAGAUGGAAGGAAAGAAGUCAAUGCAUUACUAAAACAUUUUAUCUAAGGUAUAAUAAAACUAAGUAAAAACGCAGUAAGCUACGUAUCGAGUAUGAAAAACAAGGCGAGAUAAGAGAUAAUACAUUCCUUGAAAAUGAGAUGAGAUUAAUGGCGGUUGCAUUUGUUGUAAGUGACAUGCGCAAUGCCGCACAUAUCAGCAAUAUUUACGCAUCUGAGAAAAUAAAUGAUAAAUUCGUAGACGGAACACAAAUAUAGAUGAAAAUCAUUCAGAAACAGAAAAAAAAAAUAACACACACGAUUUGUUUUAGUGUAACAUGUCUAACAACAAAGUGUAAAAUGUAAAUGUACUAAAUUAAGAUGAUGAUGAUUAUGAGGAUAAUGAUGGUUAGUCUUUGAUGUGUAUUAUAUAAGCAUAUGUUAUGCCUAAAUUAUAAAAAAUGAGAAACCAAUUGUACCAUAGUUAACGUGGUGUAAAUAUCAGUUGAAACCAAUGAUUUAGCUACAAAUACUACAAGUAUAACAACAAAUAAAACAGUGUAGUGGUUUAUAGUUGUAGCCGAUGACACACACUUGGUAUAUAUUUGACUCUUUGUAGAUUCAACGUGUAUGUGUGUAUUCAAUUUCGAAAAAAAAUAAGCCAAUAUUGUUUCUGGCAACUGGCAUCAAGUAAAUAAAUGUAAAUUAUUAAUGUA